AUGCACGCCCACCGGCUCCCCUUCCUUCUUCUGCACAUCUGGUGGGCCCUCCUCCAGGCGGGCGCCGCUACAGUAGCCCCUCUACCCUUACGUACGAGGGGACAGGCCUCGUCACCGUCCCCUCUCGCGUAUAUGCUGAGCCUCUACCGUGACCCUCCCCGGGCAGACAUCAUCCGCAGCCUGCAGGCCCAAGAUGUGGAGGUGAACGGGCAGAACUGGACCUUUGCUUUUGACUUCUCCUUCCUGAGCCAAAAAGAGGAUCUGGAGUGGGCUGAGCUCCGGCUGCAGCCGUCCAGCCCUGUGGACCUUUCCCCUGAUGUCCCGCUCUCCGUUGAGAUUUUCCACCAGCCAAAGCUGGAGGCGGAUCAGGACCCAGACAGCUGUCCGGAACGUCUUCGGAUGGAACUGUUCACUGUCACUCUGUCCCAGGUUACCUUUUCCUCAGGCAGCAUGGUCCUGGAGGUGACCAGGCCACUCUCCAAGUGGCUGAAGCACCCGGGGGAGCUGAAGGAGCAGAUGUCCAGUUUGGCAAGAGAGUGUUGGCAGCAGCCUCCCACACCACCUGUCGCCAACGCGCUCCUCCUGCUGUACUCCAACGUCUCUCCUGAGCAGAAGAGGCUGGGUGGCCCCACCUUGCUGUGGGAAGCUGAGAGCUCCUGGCGGGCCCAGGAGGGACAGCUCUUCCGGGAGAGGGGCAGGAGGCACCCUCGACAUCCUUUGCCUGACAGAAGCCAACUGUGUCGGAAGGUCAAGUUCCAGGUGGACUUCAACUUGAUUGGCUGGGGCGCCUGGAUCAUCUACCCCAAGCAGUACAAUGCCUACCGCUGUGAGGGCGAGUGUCCUAACCCCGUGGGGGAGGAGUUCCAUCCGACAAACCACGCAUACAUCCAGAGUCUGCUGAAACGGUACCAGCCCCACCGAGUGCCUUCCACCUGCUGUGCCCCAGUGAAGACCAGGCCCCUGAGCAUGCUGUACGUGGACAAUGGCAGAGUCCUUCUAGACCAUCACAGAGACAUGAUUGUGGAAGAGUGUGGGUGCCUUUGAGGAGAUCCUGGAGGGGUGCUGGGUUUGCCUGUACCUUGGAAGGUUGGGAAGCUCCUGGAAGACAUGAUAACCAUCUGUCCCAAAGAGGAGGAAUACAGGGGGAAGGCGGCUCUGUCCACCAGACCAGAGGAGGAACGGCUGCCCAGCCUGUGAACGAAGGCCCUGCGGAGUCCGGCUAAACAUAUAGGCCAUCGGGAGAGGGAGGAGGAAGCUGUGAGGCAGACUUGCUGGGUUUUCUCUUUACUGAACAGAUAGCGGCAAGGAAGAGCACUAAUCCAAGAGUUCUUUACCGGACUUUUAAAGCUGUGAACCCCCAGAAAUUGUAUGUAAAAAUAGAGGCAUAAAUGCAUUUUUGAGGUGCGAUAAAGUUGUUUACAACUUUUAUGUAUUCUAGAAAGUGGCCUUUGAUACCCCCAC